UAUGCUAUGUCAACGUAGAUCAAGCUGAGAAUAGCGUUUACAUAAGGUACGCAGACUACGCACAUCCUAUAGGCUACAAGCCAUUGUGCGCACCGAUGGACCACUGCUGCUGGCGCCGGGGAGAGUAUUGUUUCACUCUGGUCUAAAACAGUAUUCUAAUGUCAAUUUUGUGUGAACAAAAACACCAGUUCAAACUGCUUUUGUAAGUGGAAUAACAACAGUCACGCUACCUACGUGGAGAGAAAGGCACGCCUGGACGCUGACUUUGGUUGUGUCCUGAGUUUGCCACAUCUGCCAUCAUGUUUCGUGCCACCACUGCCUCCCUGUGUGCCUACUGCCAUCGACUACGCCUGCUGCCCUCCACUGGUGCCUACCCCAGCAGCACACUGGUCAGCAGUCUGGCAGAGAACCAGCACACGGUCAGUACUCUCUACGACCUGUCAGUGGACAUCCGCAAGGUGCGCAAGUUCAAGAGCUGGGUGCUCUUCGAGAGCCCCACGUACGUGCGCGAGACAGCCAGCCUUCUGCACGACAUGGGCGCCGACACGGCCUGCGUGGCCCGCGUGCUGGAGACCCACCCCGAGGCCAUCCUCUGCCGGCCGGAGGACGUGGCCGCCCAGCGUGACCUGUGGGCCUCGGUGUGCCCCAACCAGCGCGAGCUGGUGGGCAUCAUCGAGAAGUUCCCCGCCUCCUUCUUCGCCGUGACCCACCACGCCAACCAGCGCGCCAACAUCCGCUACCUGCAGAGCAUGCGCCUGAGCAAGCGCAUCAUCGGGAAGCUGAUGGCCAGCGCGCCGCAGAGCUUCAGCCGGCCCGUGGAGCGCAACCAGGAGGUCAUCCACACGCUGCGCGAGACCUACCUGGACCUGGGCGGCGACGAGGGCAACCUGCGCGUCUGGCUCCAGAAGCUGCUCAGUCAGAACCCCUUCAUCAUGCUGCGUCCGGCCGAGGCCUGGCGCGACAGCCUGGGCUUCCUGCACGACCGCGGCUUCACCACCGAGCAGCUGCUGCAGCUGGUGUCCAGCCUGCGGGCGUGCAUCUCCGAGAUGGACCCCACCACCAUGCGGCAGGCCAUGGACUACACGCAGGCGGCGCUGGACUGCUCCGACGGCGAGCUGCACGACAUCGUGCUGCGCUGCCCGGCGCUGCUCUACUACUCCGUGCCCGUGCUGGCCGGACGCUUCAGCGGACUCAUGGACGCGGGGCUGACCGCUGAGCAGGUGCGCGAGACACCCAACGUGCUGGAGCUCACCAUGCAGAUCGUGACGUAUCGCAUCAGCAAGCUGGGGUCGUACGGCUACGAUGUUCGCUCCGGGAGCCUGGACGUCAUCGUCGGGACCAAGAAGGACUUUGAGGCGAGCUACGGCCGGCUAAAGUUACGCACAGAGAGGCCACUCUUCAACCCGGUGGCCCCACUGAGGUGUUCAGAAGAAUGAUUCAGAUUGUUUUUGUUGAGUCACACUGCUGUUAUGCCCUUUGCAUAAUAAACUGUGGGGAAAUUGAAAUGCAAUAAAACCAGACUGGAGGGAAUGACUACUCUUUAAACGUGAAACAUGAUCACUACAUGUUUAUAGAUCUCAACAUUUGUGAAAUGCAAAAACUUUUUUCAUACUGUUAAGAGGUUAAGUUGGGGAGAUAAGUAAUGUAAUGUUGUAAUAAGUAAGUUGACAAGAUAUAAUGACGUGGUUCAUACAUUGGUUCAGAUCAGCAGAAGAAACAAAACUUUCCCAUUGGAACAAAAAUGCAGUAACAAAAUUGUAGGAAUUAUUUAAGUUCCAAUUAUAAGUCUGAAAGGCUGAAGUAUUUCAGACUGAUGAGUGUCUUGCACUAAGGCUAUGCACAAACAUUGCAAAGCAAUGAAAAAUAAUAAAAUAAAUGUUGGUUUGUUUAUGUCAACCUGCUUAUCCUUUUUACAAAGACCUUAAAUGAAUAAAUCAAGGUUAAAAUGUU